CGCGUCGGUGGUGGUGGUGGGGGCGCGCCAUGGCGGCUGCCCGGAUCCGGGCGGGCUGACCGCGGAUCCCGUCGAGCGCUGUCUCUCUCUCUCUCUCGCUCUCUCUGUGCGGGCAGAUGGCGUCGUCGCCGGUCAAGUUCUUCUCGGUCUUCCUCGCCGUCUCCGUCGUGGGAUGGGUCGUCUUCACAUUCGCGUCGCGAUUGUUAGCUUGGUUCUUGAGCCGCAUACUACAUGCCUCUGUUAGGUUUCGAGUUGCUGGGUUCAACUGCUUGCGCGAUGUAACAAUCAAAUUCUCUAAGGGUUCUCUUGAAUCUAUUUCAAUUGGUGAAAUAAAGCUAAGUUUCCGGAAGUCAUUGGUCAAACUAAGUUUUGGUUUCAUAUCCAAAGACCCAAAGCUACAAUUGCUAAUAAAUGAUCUUGAAAUUGUAACAAGAUCAUAUUCAAAAGGAAAAAAAAUAAGCAAGCCAGGAAAGCCGCGCUCCACAGGAAAAGGGAAAUGGUUGAUUACUUCAAGCAUGGCUAGACUUUUGUCAAUAUCUGUGACAGAUCUGCUGAUCAAGGUACAAAGUGGUGCUGUUGACAUUAAAGAGUUAAAGGUGGACACAUUUAAAAUCGCUGGACCUAAUCAUAUUCUUGGUGUUAAGUUACAUCUUGUACCUUUGAAUGUACACUAUGGAGAUUUGGGGUUGACUGCUGAUCCGCUGGGCAACUGUAAUCAGCUUGAUGCUUUCCAGUCUGAUCAAAUAUCUCUACUUAAUUCAGAGAAAGUUGUUGCUCCAUUUGUUUGUGAAGAUUUGUUCGUUACUUGUGACUUUGGCCAUGAAAAGGAGAGGGGUGUAAAAAUUGUUAACCUCGAAGUGAAAUGUGGGGUUAUUACUGCCAACAUUGAUGAAAGACUCUUUCGCAAGAAACAUACAAACCCAGAGGGUUGUAGUGGCUCUGAGAAUGGUGGAGAUGUCCCAGAUGCUUCAGCAAUGAACCAGACAUCAAAGAGCAAAUCCAUUCUACCAUCAUUGAAGAAACAGAUCCUUGCAUUUCCGAAUAAGAUUAGCUUCAGUGUGCCGAAGCUUGAUGUGAAGUUCACACACCUGGGUGAAGGACUUAGUGUUGAUAACAAUAUUAUGGGGAUCCAAUUUACUAGUGCAAAGUCCCUGCCACAGGAUGAUGUAGAUGAAGCCACACCCCAUUUUGAUGUUCAAAUUGAUCUCAGCGAGAUUCAUUUGGUGAGGGAAGGCUCUAGUUCUCUGUUAGAAGUGCUUAAAGUGGCAGCUGGAGCUUCUUUGGAUAUUCCUAUUGAUCCAUUUCUUCCAAUCAGAGCUGAGAUCGAUGCCAAGCUUGGUGGUACACAGUGCAAUCUUAUGUUAAGCAGAUUGAUGCCAUGGAUACAUCUUCAUUAUUUGAAAAACAAAGGAAUGAAGAUUUCAAAGGAGAAUUCUCACCGAGGAAUUUCUCAAAAAAAGGACACCAAGCUAAUUAUGUGGACCUGUACAGUUUCUGCUCCUGAAAUGUCCAUAAUGCUUUACAAUCUUAAUGGAUUGGUUUUGUACCAUGUCUGUUCCCAAUCAUCUCAUCUGUAUGCAAAUAACAUCGCAAGCAAGGGUAUUCAGAUACAUACAGAGCUUGGUGAAUUGCAACUGCACAUGCAAGAUGAAUACAAAGAAUUUUUAAAGGGAAACAUAUUUGGGGUUGACACUUACUCUGGUUCCUUAAUGCACAUUGCUCGGGUAAGUCUUGACUGGGGAUACAGGGGGCCUGAGAUCCAAGAUAUGGUUGAAACUAGUAGACUUACUCUGGUAUUCUCCAUUGAUAUCAGUGGCAUAUGUGUAAAAUUUGGCUUUAAGCAUUUGGAGUCUGCUGUGCUCAAUUUGAUGACCUUUAGGACUCUAUUUAAGAGCCUUGGCUCUCGUGGAAGUUCAAAAGAGAAGACUUUGGAGCACAGAGAGAAAAGGAGGAAAAAAGGUGUGGAAAUUUUGAAAUUAAGCAUACAGAAAUUCUCAAUUACUUACUGUGGUGAUGCAAAUGUAGUAAAUAUGCCUGUUGCUGAUCCAAAGCGUGUCAAUUAUGGCUCUCAAGGUGGUCAAGUACUUGUUACUGUGUCUGCUGAUGGUACACCUCGCCUGGCAAAUGUAACGUCAGAACUACCAGGCAGGUCUCGCAACUUGAUGUUCUCUGCAUCUGUAGCUAUUUCUCAUCUCUCGGUGUGUAUAAACAAGGAGAAAAGGUCAACAGAAGCUGAGCUGGAGCGGGUGAAGGCAAUCUAUGAGGAGGAUCUUAGCUCUAACAUCAAAGUGACACUAUUAGAUAUGCAGAAUGCUAAAAUUGUUCGCCGAUCUGGUGGCCUUUCAGAUGUUCCUGCUUGUUCCCUCUUUAGGGCAACAGAUAUUAAUUUUAGAUGGGAGCCUGAUGCACAUUUAGCAAUACUCGAGACCUUCAUCCGCAUCAAGAAAUGUCUACAUAACAACAAGCCAAUCGAUACUGAAUUUGGCAAUAUAAGUGAGAAUGAACCUGACAGUGUAUCUACUAGCUCAGGAAAACCUCAGAAGUCCGACAAAAGAGGGUCCAUUUUUGCUGUCGAUGUGGAGUUGCUGAGAGUAUCUGCUGAGCUUGCAGAUGGUGUUGAAGCAAACAUGCAUAUACAAUCUAUUUUUACUGAAAAUAUUAAGAUAGGUGUACUGUCUGAAGGCCUUUCUCUAAGUCUUAAUGGUGCCAGAGUUAUGAAGAGCACACGGAUACAGAUCUCCUGUAUUCCUUUUGGCACCAGUAGUUUGCUUGAUGCAAAGGUUGAGUCAUCAUCCAAAAGAGAUUGGGUUGUUCAAGGGUUAGAUGUCCAUAUCUGCAUGCCAUAUAGGCUGCCAUUGCGUGCUAUAGAGGAUGCUGUUGAAGAUAUGACUCGUGCCCUAAAGCUUAUCUCUGCUGCCAAGAAAAAUAUGAUGUUUCCAGAUGGCAAAGAAAACCCAAGAAAGGUUAAGUCUGGUUCCACCAACUUUGGAUCUGUAAAGUUUGUGUUACGUAAACUUACAGCAGAAAUAGAGGAGGAACCCAUUCAAGGCUGGCUUGAUGAACAUUACCAUCUGAUGAGAAACAAAGUCUGUGAAUUGGGAGUUAGGUUGAAAUUUCUUGAAGAGGCUAUAUCAGGAAGCGUAGAUCCUAAUCAUUGCAGCUCCAAGGGGAAGCUUCUUAACGAUGGCAUUGAGGUUGACAUGCAUGACACCGCAGCUCUUCAAAGAUUGUAUGAUGAAAUCCAUAAGCAAGCUUUUCAAUCUUAUUAUACUGCUUGCCAGAAAAUGGAAUCUGCAGAAGGGUCAGGAGCAUGUUCAGAGGGUUUUCAAGCUGGAUUUAAACCAAGCUCGCGUAGAGCUUCACUUCUUUCACUUUCUGCUUCUGAACUGGAUGUUACUUUGACCAGGAUAGAUGGUGGAGAGGUAGCAAUGAUUGAAUUCAUAAAGGGGCUUGAUCCUGUUUGUCAGGAGAAAGACAUACCAUUCUCCCGGUUAUAUGGGAGUGAUAUUGCUGUGCUUGUAGGUUCCUUGGUCAUACAACUGAGAGAUUAUACUUCUCCUCUGUUUUCCGCAACCACUGGGCAAUGCCAAGGUCGUGUUGUUCUUGCUCAGCAGGCAACAUGUUUUCAACCCCAAAUACAGCAAGAUGUAUAUGUUGGAAGAUGGCACAAGGUCACGAUGCUACGUUCUGCCAGUGGUACCACACCAGCAAUUAAAAUGUAUUCAAAUUUACCUAUUUAUUUCCAGAGGGGGGAGAUUUCCUUUGGUGUUGGUUAUGAGCCAUCUUUUGCUGACAUAAGUUAUGCAUUUCAAAUAGCCCUAAGGAGGGUUAAUCUUAGCACCAGAGUUAAAAAUUCUGGCCCCACAAACCAACCACCUAAAAAGGAGCGCAGCUUGCCAUGGUGGGAUGACAUGAGAUACUACAUCCAUGGAAAAAUAGUUUUGUACUUCAAUGAAACCACAUGGAAGUUCCUAGCAACAACAAAUCCUUAUGAGAAGGUGGACAGGCUCCAAAUUGUUUCAGAAUACAUGGAGAUCCAGCAAACCGAUGGGCAUGUAGAUAUUUCUGCAAAGGAAUUCAAGAUGUAUAUCAGUAGCUUAGCAAGUAUGAUGAAGAACUGCAGCUUAAAAGUUCCAUCUGGCGAGCCCAUACCUUUUAUCUAUGCUCCAUUGUUCUCACUUAAUGUGGUUAUUGAUUGGCAGUGUGAAUCUGGCAGUCCAUUGAAUCAUUAUUUGCAUGCACUCCCCGUUGAGGGUGAGACAAGGAAGAAAGUUUAUGAUCCAUUUCGAUCCACUUAUCUCUCACUUAGGUGGAACUUCUCCCUUCGACCUUUACAAGUACAACGUGAUAAUGACGCAUUAUCUUCUAAUUAUGGAAACAGUUCAAUGCCAUGCGGAUUCAUCUCUGAUAGUCGUUCCAAGCUGGCGGAUGUUGAAUUCCCUACCAUGAAUCUGGGAGCCCAUGACCUUGCUUGGGUUUUCAAAUGGUGGAGCUUAAAUUAUAGCCCUCCUCACAAACUGCGUUCAUUUUCGAGAUGGCCUCGCUAUAAAAUUCCUCGAGCUGCUAGAUCUGGUAACCUCUCACUGGAUAAAGUUUUGGUUGAGUUCUUUUUCCGUGUUGAUGCUACUCCCUGUUGCAUAAGACAUGCAACCUUAACUGAGGAUGAUCCUGCUAAUGGCUUGACCUUUAAAAUGUCAAGGUUGAAGUAUGAGUUAUGUUAUAGUCGGGGUAAACAGAAAUACACAUUUGAUUGUAAGCGUGAAUCUCUAGAUCUUGUUUACCGCGGUCUUGACCUUUACAAACCAGAAGUUUAUAUCACGCGAGAAAUAAACUUGUCUUCAGCUGAAACUGUAUCUAACUUAAAGACAACUACACAGCUGGGAAAAGUUGUUUAUGAUAGAGGCAGUACGGGCAAUUUCCAGGAUAAGCAUGAAGAUGGUUUCCUCUUAUCUUGUGAUUAUUUCACAAUAAGAAGACAUGCUCGUAAGGCGGAUCCUGCAAGACUUAUGGAAUGGCAGGAUGCUGGUAGGAAUCUUGAGAUAACAUAUGUUAGAUCUGAGUUUGAGAAUGGCAGUGAAAGUGACCACACUCUUUCUGAGCCUAGCGAUGAUGAUGAUGGUUUCAAUGUGGUGUUAGCAGACAAUUGUCAACGAAUUUUUGUCUAUGGCCUAAGGCUUUUAUGGACUAUUGAGAACCGUGACGCGGUUUGGUCAUGGGUUGGAGGAAUUUCCAAAGCAUUUGAGCCUUCAAAGCCCUCUCCGUCGCGGCAAUAUUUUCAAAGGAAGAUGAUUGAGCAAAGGCAGAUUUCUGAGGGUUCUAAACUAACUCAAGAUACUACCUCUUCUAUCCAUGUUGGUUCUCCUUCAGGGCAACAUGUUGAGGCUCUGGGCUCUACUUCCCCAUUACAUAGUAAAGCCAAUUUUUCCGCUGAUAUUGCUGGGAAGCAUGGCCUUUUUGAUGAUUCAGAUAAAGGAGGGAAUCUGCAAUUCAUGGUUAAUGUUAUUACACCCCAAUUCAACCUACAUUCUGAAGAAGCCAAUGGUAGGUUUCUACUUGCUGCAGCCAGUGGGCGUGUGCUGGCUCGUUCAUUCCAUUCAGUUGUGCAUGUUGGGAAAGAAAUGCUAGAGCAAGCAUUGGGGGCAAGCAGUGUACAAAUUCCUGAGUUACAACCUGAAAUGACCUGGCAAAGGACUGAUUACGCAGUGCUUCUUGAAGAUGUUCAAGCUCAUGUUGCACCGACUGAUGUGGACCCAGGUGCUGGCCUGCAAUGGCUUCCUGAGAUUCCUGGUAGUUCCGAGAAAUUGAAGCGCACAGGUGCCUUGUUAGAGAGAGUAUUCAUGCCUUGCGAGAUGUAUUUCCGUUACACUAGGCACAAAGGUGGAACUGCAGACUUGAAGGUUAAGCCAUUAAAGGAGCUACUUUUUAAUUCUCCAAACAUCACUGCAACAAUGACUUCGCGCCAGUUUCAAGUUAUGUUAGAUGUUCUAACCAAUCUCCUUUUUGCAAGACUUCCCAAGCCUCGGAAAAACAGUUUACACUAUUCAUCAGACGAUGAAGAUGUUGAGGAAGAGGCUGAUGAGAUGGUCCCUGAUGGUGUAGAAGAGGUGGAGCUUGCAAAAAUUAACCUUGAGCAGAAGGAAAGGGAGAGGAAACUACUACUUGAUGAUAUAAGGUCCCUCAUGGGAACUGGUGACAAUCAUACUAGCAGCUUCCUUUCAGUUGAAAGGGAUGAUUGUUUAUGGAUGAUCAACAGUGGAAAAUCUUUACUGGUGGAAAGAUUGAAAAGAGAAUUUCUAAACCUCAAGAAGUCUCGAAAAUCUGCAUCUUCGAAAUUAAGAAAAGCUUUGCAGAAUGCUGCACAGCUACGCUUGAUGGAGAAAGAAAAGAACAAAACUCCCUCUUGCGCGAAGAGAAUUUCUAUGAAAAUUAGCAAGGUUGUAUGGAGCAUGAUUGCUGAUGGGAACACAUUUGCUGAAGCUGAGAUCAGUGACAUGGGUUUUGAUUUUGAUCGGGAUUACAAAGACAUUGGCGUUGGUCGAUUUACAACUAAAUGCUUUGAAGUGAGGAAUUGUAUAGCCAAUGCCAAAUGUAAUACAUUGUUGUCUGCGUGGAAUACGCCUCCUGAAAAAGGUUUCAUGCUCCGUGUUGACUUGAGGCAAGGUGCUCCGAAGGAUGGAAAUUCUCCAGUUGAUCUCUUUGAGCUCUUUCAGGUGGAGAUACAUCCACUGAAAAUAUAUCUGUCUGAAACGAUGUACAGAAUGAUGUGGGAUUAUUUCUUUCCCGAGGAAGAUGAUUCACAAAGGCGUCAGGAAGUUUGGAGAGUUUCAACAUCAACUGGAGCCAGAAGAGCUAGAAGAAUAUCUACUGGUGCUGAUGCUGUUGCUUCUACUAGCUAUUCGGUGAGAGAGCAUGAGCUUCCUGGAAGAUCAGGUAUAAACGUAUCCACUUCAACAAAUGUCUCAAGUUGGCAAGGCGGCGACAACUCACAGGUACCCAAAUUGCAAUCUAAGUCCAAUGCGGUAUAUGGGUCACAUCCAGAGCUGCGGCGAACAUCUUCAUUUGAAAUGAAUUUGGAGGAAAGUGCAGUCGAUAAUAUCACAAAUAAUGAUGUGCUAUCACUGGUCAAUUCGAAUGUUCCCUCAAGAGAUACCAACAACUUUAUGGCAGAGAACUCAGUUGCAGCUGCUGAGAUGUUCAGGAGUAGAACUAAAGAUUCAAAGCCCACCAAGUCUGUCCGUUUAUCCCAAGAUGAAAAGAAAGUUGGGAAAUCUCAUGAUGAAAAAAGGACAAGAGCUCGGAAAUUGAUUGAAUUUCAUGACAUCAAGAUUAGUCAGGUUGAACUUAUUGUAACAUACGAGGGAUCAAGGCUUGCGAUUAGUGACCUAAGGCUGCUGAUGGAUACUUUCCAGCGGGUAGAAUUUACUGGUACAUGGAGGAGAUUAUUCUCAAGAGUCAAAAAACAUAUCAUCUGGAGUGUCUUGAAAUCGAUGGCUGGAAUGCAGGUUAAGAAGUUUAAGGCCCACAAUCGGGAAACACAUGACGGAAUUGUUCCUGAUCACGAUCUUAAUUUGAGCGACAGCGACGGUGACCAUCAUGGGAAGCCCGAUCAGUUUCCUGUGUCAUGGCUGAAGAGGCCGGGUGACGGUGCAGGGGAUGGAUUUGUCACAUCAAUCAGAGGGCUCUUCAACUCGCAACGACGGAAAGCGAAGGCAUUUGUGCUACGAACUAUGCGGGGAGAUGGAGACAACGAAUGCCAUGACGAAUGGAGUGACAGCGACGGCGAGUACCCUUUUGGCAGACAGCUUACAAUUACCAAGAAGCUCUUACGGCGGCAUACAAAAAAGCACCGUCACAGAGGGCAGAAGAACACAGGCCUGACGUUGCAAGACUCACUGCCAUCUAGUCCACGGGAGACAACGCCAUACCAAAGUGACUCAGACUCGUCAUCUGAGUCACCUUACGAGGAUUUCCAUGAGUAGAGAGAAGCGAUGAAGAGAGAGGCUAGAUCUGAUUCUUGCGACGGUAUGUAUGGCCAUCAGCAUCUGCAAGCAAAUUGCUGUCGACGUGCGUUUUGGUGGAUAACAAGUAACCAUUUCAUUACACAGGCAGGAUGUUGGAAUGGAAGCUUUAAUAGUUGGUCGUUCCGACCCUGAAGUAGCAAUUCAGGUGUUGUUGUCUUGGACUCGGCCUUGUAUAUAGUAGGGUGAGGAAAUUGUAUCGAGUGUGUAGCCAACAAUCCCAAUGUGGCCUGCAGAAAAUCGUGAUGUAUUGUAGCUAGACAUCAUCUCGUAAUUAGUUGCAUGGCCGUUGUAUAAGUUAAAUGAGAGGUCCCUUCAUUCGAACAUGUUAUUCCCAAGAAAUCAAAAUCCUACCCCCACAAGGGCAAUUUUUUUUUCA